AUGGAUGCAACAGAGGACGAAAUCAAACGACUUGUUAACCAAGCUCGACUUAAAUUUCAUCCAGAUAAAAAUCCGAACCUUUCAAAUAAGGAAUUUUUAGUUGUAGAAAGAGCAUGGAGUGUUUUACGACAUCCAGAGAAACGUAAAGCUUAUGACGCCUUGUUGAGACAACAAAAAAUUAUAUCUCGUUCCGCUGAGUUGCCUGUACAGUGUGAUAUAUCGUUUGAUCAAUUUCAUAAUGAAUGCAUAUCUACCCAUAACGUAGAUGUAAAAUCUCCUAAUCAAGGAUUGUAUUGUUAUUGGUUUCCUUGUCGUUGUGGUGGAAGCCAUAUCUUAGACGAUCUUGCCGUACUAUGCCAAGUCCCGUAUGCAAAAUGUACUGACUGUUCUCUACUCGUGCAUGUUUUAUAUCCCGAAUCUCACUGA